UACUUGUUUUAUAGAAGCAAAUUUAUGAUAAAUUGAACAAAAUGAGAUUAGCUUCAAAGCCUCAAAUGUCCUGCACAAGUUCUUAACACUGCCAUCUGCUGGUGACUGAUCUUAGAGUUGUGUGACAUAUUCCUGCAAAGCUUGUUUUUGUGUCUGUAGUGUUUAUUUUCCUUCUUUAUGGUUUCAGAGCAUGUAACUUCUAAUGCCAGCGAUAGUGAAAGUAGUUACCGUGGACAGGAAGAGUAUGUCCUCUCAUAUGAGACAGUCACGCAACAAGAAGUGAGUUAUGCUCGUCCGGUGAUUAUCCUUGGACCCAUGAAAGACCGGAUCAAUGAUGAUCUAAUCUCGGAGUUCCCGGACAAGUUUGGAUCAUGUGUUCCCCACACGACUAGACCAAAGCGAGACUACGAGGUUGAUGGAAGAGACUACCAUUUUGUUAUUUCACGGGAACAAAUGGAAAAAGACAUUCAGGAUCACAAGUUCAUCGAGGCAGGCCAAUAUAACAACCACCUCUACGGGACAAGCGUGCAGUCAGUGCGAGAGGUUGCAGAAAAGGGCAAGCACUGCAUCCUGGAUGUCUCCGGCAAUGCCAUCAAACGACUCCAGUUAGCACAGCUCUACACCAUUGCGGUGUUUGUGAAACCCAAAUCAGUGGAGAAUAUUUUAGAGAUGAAUAAGAGAUUGAUGGAGGAGCAAGGCAGGAAGACUUAUGACAGAGCCAUGAAACUGGAGCAGGAAUUCCUAGAGCACUUCACCGCCAUUGUGCAAGGGGACACAUUAGAAGAGAUCUACAACCAGGUUAAGCAGGUCAUCGAGGAGCAGUCUGGGCCGUUCAUCUGGGUUCCAGUCAAAGAUAAAUUAACUCGCAUCCCAAUCUCCGCAUUUCAUCCUCUGGUGGGAGGAGACAUGCUUGACCAGCGACUCACGGGACAGAUUAUACGGUACAGAUUCCUUAAUGUUUAAGGGAGGUGACUUUCUCGGAAGGAAAACCAAUGAGAUAAUGCAUUAUAUACAUUUUGGUUUGUUCUUUUUCCCAUAUACGAUCAGAAGUUAGCGCUUUCAUGUCUGUCUCUGAAAAGACUUAAAGCACCACUUUGCACGUUUUUGCAUUAAGAGCAUGUUUUGGAUGAUUCUUUUUCAGUUAACAUAUGUUCUUACGUUUUUGUCAGACAGAUUUGAGCUACGUGAACUGCAGCCACCAUAUUACUUUUGUUUUCUCUCAGUUAUCUUGUAAAAUCAAGCAGCCCACUAAUUUUAAGCAGCUGAUCUGUUUUGUCACAAGUGCACAAAGAGGACAAAAACAUUUGGCACAAAAGUUCUUCUUUUUAUAUGAAAUGUCUAUUUGUCUUAACAAUCUGUGUACAUUUUAAUCAAGGUGCAUAUGGGAGUAGCUUUUAGUCGAGGUGAAAAGGAACAGCUUACAAUUAUCGUUCAAAUCCAGGUGAUGACAUUCUUACUUAAAGAAACAAUGCAAAUAAGAGAGUAUAAAUUGUAAUGUAUAUUCAACCCUCAAUAUACUGCCUAUUUUGUUAUAAUAAAACUCUAUUGAGCUUUAAUUGAACUCCACACCUAUGGGAAUUAUUUUCUUUAUAAUGUCAAACAUACACUCAUAUGAAUAUGUGUGUAUGUAUAUAAAAGUAAAUAUAAAUAGAUAUAUAAAUAUAUAUUUUCCUUCACUUUUACCACCAUCACCUUUGUUGUAAAUGGUUUGUUUUAUGCAAAAACACAGACACACAGGACACAUGGACUGAAUGGUGGUGUUCCAUUUGCAUCUGCUCAAACAAUAUGAAAUAAAACUCAAGUUGGCAGUUUGAAGUCUUCAGCUCUCUUUCUCCUAUAUAGUUAUGUCAUAUUUACUUUUUCAUGUGACGUGCAUGAUUUCUAAAAGCAAUAGUCUUUGACGCAUUAAAUAUAAGCGAGAAGCGGAGGAGAGGGCUUCUCUUUCUGUUUUCACCUGGGAUUGUGAAAAUGUCAGAGUUAGCAUGAACCGUAAACGUUAGAGGCUAGGAGAUUCUUGCCUUCAUGUAUGUGAACUUGUUGACUGCCCAUAGCUGAAGAGAGAUUUGCUUUGCCACUCUCUAACACAAGUCUUUAACUCUCCACCAGGGGGCGCACUGACAGCAUCCCCUUUUCAUUCUCAAGUUACUCGGAGAUGAUUGUUUUCUAAAAGAUUGCUUCUUUAACUUGUCCUCAUCAUGGCAUUCUAACACAUUUUUGACUGGAUUAUGUACAUAAUCUGCCAAUUUGAUUCAUUCCAUUUGUCAAAAAGGAGA